UAAUAAGCGACGAGGUCUCAGGCAUGGGGUCCAACAAUCGUCAUCGACCGUUACCAACGUAAUUAUUAACCAGCCCCAACCUGCCACCAACAGACUCAUGUUGACAGACAUUCAAGGACACAGAGAUUGGACCACGGGACUGUGCGAUUGCUUUGCUGACAUACCUAUAUGUCUGUUGACGUGGUGGUGUUUGGUAUGUGUAGAGUGUAAGAACGCCUCCCGUUUAGGAGAGUGCUGUUGCAUGCCUUACUGUGUCCCUGGCGGCACCAUCAACGUCAGGUCCAGACUCAGAACCAUAGGAGGGAUACAUGGAUCCGUCUGUAACGACUGUAUGACUCUGGCCUGUUGCGGCCCAUGUGCAGUUUGUCAGAUGUCACGUGAGAUGGACAAUAUGGGCAUCCUUUAACCCGUCUGAUGCUCAUAGUAUUCAUGUAGUUGGAACAGUUUGACGAACUUUCAUUUUACAUAUGUAAGGCCAAGAUAUAACCUUUUAUGGAAAUUGCCUGUUACAUUGAACAAUUGUUGUAUCACUUAUUAUUUCUGAGUAAUCGCUACGGUAGUUAGGUGAUAAGGUGUAUAUGUAAUGCAUGCUUAUCAAAUUGAUAGUAUUUCUUGUCGCCGUCGUUAAUGAUAAACGUUAAUUAUUCCAAGGUGAUUAAAAUAUAACAGCAGAAUAAAGUGUGUUUGCUGUACAAAUAAUGGCCAAACCCAUUGUGUGUAAACAACAAAGAGGUAUUUUGACUUGUUACCUAAGUGUUUCCAAAGCUUUUGUCUCCUGACAAUAAAUUUACUAUAUUACACGAACGCUGCUGCCGUUUACGGAUGGAAGUCUCAAUGUUGUGUUAGCACCUAAAUGCCCAGAUGAAGGCACCUAUAUCCAGCUUGUAUUCCAUCCUUCUUAAAUCAUAUGCAUUCAA